GAAUUCACAUUCAACAAGCACAGCGACAAGAAACCCAGCGCUAAACCCGUACAACAUCGUUGCAAUGGACACCUUGAAGACGUCUUAGACGGCAUGUCUCAAUGGCCCAUGGAUGUCGCCAAACCCUUUAGCUUAUUCCUGUCCUGUUUAAAGUCUCAACCAGGUAAG